CUACGCAGUCUGUUCUUUAGUCGUUCAAACGAACGUAGCCGUGCGCUUAGGUGGUCAUAAUACUCAUAAUAAUAUAUCAAUACCGACUAAUAACCUGAAUUCUGCAAUACCAAUUUAGAAGAUCUAACAUUAUGUGUUGUUUAGUUGUAAUAUUGUGAUAUUGUAGUCGUUCAUAUUGUAUUGCAGUACAUACUUAUUAUUUAGAGAUCGUUUUAAAAACGAUGUACUUUUCUGAUUUAAGUUAAAAAUUAAUUCAUUCCUAACAGAUAUUCCUCAGUGUUUAUUAUACAUUACAUAAAGUUAAUACUUACAUGUUUGUAAAAUAUUCUUUUGUGACGUUUAUUCGAUUUAUCUAAUACAUUAAACGUUUUCGUUUCAAUAUUAAUUCGUCAUUUGCCAUGAAGGUGAAGUUUUCCUCGUUAAUAUAUAUAUGUUUAAUUUUUGGAGUAGGCGUUUUUUGUGACAGACAACUUGGAAAACGACAAACUGUAACAUCUUGCACGGUAAAUCCCGAGGACGUAUUUAAAUGUUCAAAUGGAUUAUGUAUUGAGUCGACGGCUGUUUGUGACGGUCGUGCGGAUUGUUCAGAUGGUUCAGACGAGACCAACAAAUUGUGUUCUAAGCAAACAUGCCCAAAAUAUGCAUACAGAUGUAAAUAUGGAGCUUGUGUAGAUAAAAGUAAGAAAUGCGAUGGUAAAAAUGAUUGUGCCGAUGGAUCUGACGAAAAUUUACCCGAAUGUAGGUCUAUAAAUUCUCAAAAUCCUAAUGGUCCAUCUAAAUGCCUUGAAGACCAGUAUAAAUGUAAAUCUGGCCAGUGCAUUGAUGAAACAUCAACUUGUGAUGGAACUCGAGAUUGUAAAGAUGGAUCUGAUGAAACUAUAGCAUUGUGUGAAAAAGUUCGGUGUCAAAAGUAUACAUUUCAGUGUAAUUAUGGGGCUUGUGUUAGUAAAGAAAGUAAAUGUGAUGGCAUAAGACAGUGUGCUGAUGGAUCUGAUGAAGAAAAAUGUCCGGGUCCUAAUACAACCCCUGGACCAACAAAACCAAAACCAACAACACCUGUUAAUGAACAAACGGCAGACACUAAUUCAAAGAAUUUUUGCGUUUUACCGACUGUCGAAGGAGUUAUAUAUUCUUACGAAGGUUCAAAUGAAAUUUUAUCUCACGGGUCGAAGAUUGACCAUUUUCGAACUGUAAUUGAAAACUGUGAAGUUGGAUAUCAUAUGACUUACCCCAAAAGUUAUAGGCUUUGUCAGGGAAAUGGAAAAUGGACAUCGACUGUUGAAAAUCUAUGUCUCAAAAUGUGUCCACCUCUAAUAUCAGAUAGUUUAGAUAUUAAAUGUUCUCUAAAUGGUAACAAUGCUGAUUGUUCCAAACUAUCAGUAUAUGAUACAAAAGCAAUACCAUCAUGCAAACCAACACAUAUACUGCCAAAUGGACUAGAAGAAACUCCAAUUGAAUUACGUUGUCAGUCUAACGGGAUGUGGAAUAAUCAACUAUAUAGAUGCAUUCCUUAUUGUGGUAGAUUAUAUACAAAUAGCACGGUAUUGAUCACUAAUGGUGUCAAAGCUAAAGUUGGAACAGCUCCUUGGAAUACUGGAAUUUAUCAAUUAAAUAAAGAGAGUUCCAAGUAUGACAUGAUAUGCGGAGGAUCGUUAAUUACUUCAAAUUUAGUUGUUUCAGCCGCUCAUUGUUUUUGGCAAAAAGAUAUGCUGUCUAAACGAUUAUCAAUUAACGAUGGUCAAUUUAAAAUUGCUGUUGGAAAAUAUGAUAGAGAUUACACUGUAAUUGACAAUGAAUUCACUCAAAUAAUGGAUGUGGAAACAAUUUAUAUAAAAGAAAAUUAUUAUGGAGCUAAUGGAUUUCAUGCUGAAGAUAUAGCUGUUAUCGUGUUGAAAAACAAAGUUUCUAUUAGCGUUGGUGUUGCACCAGCUUGUGUUGAUUGGACUUCUAAAUUUAGUGUACCAAAUGGAGCUCAAGGAAAGAUUGUUGGUUGGGGACAAACAGAAAAAGGCAUACAAAGUCCCAUCUUAUUAGAAGCGACUUUACCGUACAUCGACCAUGAUUCUUGUCGAAAGAUGUAUACAAAUGGAUUUCAAACGUUUGUGACUAUUGAUAAGUUCUGUGCUGGGUCUGCAUUAGGACAAGGGGUUCAUCAAGGUGACAGUGGUGCAGGCUUAACGUAUUUACAUUUUGAAUCUUAUUACUUAACUGGAGUAGUGAGUGUCAAGGAUCCAAAUACAAAUAAUUCAAUAGCAGUUUUUACAGAUGUUAAGCGCCACAUUCAAUGGAUUCGUGAAUUGUAUAACAAAUAUACUUCUUAUGCAAGUGAUAAUAUAUCCAAGCCUAAUAGUAUGGUAAUUAAAUAAAAAUAAUGUAUUCUACGUGUAAUUGUAAUCAAUAUUUAUAUGAAUAUUUUUUUACUUUUAAAUAAUAAUAAUUAUUAACAGUUCAUUUUUAACAUUUGUUAAUUUAAAUUAAAUUUAAUUCGUCAUUAUUAUAGGUGAUACAUAAGCAUUAUAUACAUAUAAUAUUAUGUUUAAAUAGUCUUUUGCAUUAACAAAUUGUUCGUUUAUAAUUAAUUAUUUUAUAUUUAUUAUUAUUGUACUUAGUUAUUAAAAUAACAACAAUUUUUUUUUUA